AUGGUUGUAUCGAUGUUGAAAUUACCUGCGAUUGUUCCAUCUACAAGUAAAAGCGAUAUAUCUUUAAGUGUUAAAGUUGACACAAAUGCCUAUGAACAAUGGCGUUCAAAUAUUCAUCGAGAAUUAGAAGAAGAUCUUCAACGACAAGUAGAACAACUUCUUGAAGAAAGUGAGCGACAAGAACGUUUAUCUAAAUUACAAAGACAAUAUCGUCGUACUGGUCAAUGUCCUCCUUUACAACAAGCAGAUACUGUCGAUAAAUGGAGUGAAAUUGAUCGUCGUAAUGCACGUGUGCUUCAUCCACUUAAUUCUAAAAAUUCCUUCACAGCACAAAAACGUCUUUCAACCUAUUAUCAAUUUGAAAAAAAUUCAAAUAAAUCAUUUUAUUUCAAUUCUUAUCAUAGUUAUCGUUCUCGGCGACGAUCAUCACAGCCUACAGAUGAUCAGAAUUGUAUGAGUCCAACAAUGUAUUUAAAUAAAUAUAUGAAUAAAGCAUCAUCUGUACCUCCAAUUAAUAAUAAUCUAUCGUUUGUAUUUGGUAAUAGUAUUAUUAAAUCUAAUAAAGCUGAAGUUUUAAAUAUAUUCGAACAAAAAUUUACAAAGGGUGAUAAGUCAAAUAUAUAUGUUGAUAAAAAUGGUGUUAUUAUUACUGAAGAUGGACCGUUCUGGCCUGACAAUUAUCGUAUUCUUCAUCCUACGCCAAAAUUACUUAGUCGUGAAUUAUUACAAGAUGAGUUCAAUUUAUCAUCAUCAACGUCAAACAUAAUUAAUCAACAAACAUAUGAUAAUCAGCCAGCUAUUUAUAAAUAUACAGAAACAAUUAAACAUCCUAUUAUUAUCUAUGAUAUGGAUAAAACAGCAAGAAAUCAACAAAUAAAACCACCUGAUAAUGAACAUAUGUGUCCUCAAUUAAUAUUUGAAUCACGAUUUGAAGGUGGAAAUUUACGACAAGUAAAACGUGUAGGUCAAUUUGAAUAUGAACUUGUUCUUCGACCAGAUCUUAAUACACGAAGACAUACACAAUGGUAUCAUUUUCGUGUACAAAAUAUGAUUGCAAACAUAACUUAUCGCUUUCGUAUUAUUAAUUUAAUGAAAAAAAGUAGUUUAUAUAAUGAUGGUAUGCAAAUACUUUUAUUCUCUGGUGUUGAUGCAAAAAAAGAAUCUCGAGGAUGGAAUCGUGUUGGUCAUCAUAUUAAUUAUUCAGAAUAUAAACCUCGUUCAUACAAUCCAUUACUUGAACGAGAUAUUAAUUACUAUGAACUUGAUUUUCAAUUUGAAUUUACACAUUCUGGUGAUACAUGUUAUAUAGCUCAUUGUUAUCCAUAUACAUAUACGGAUUUAAAAGAUGAUUUAGAAUAUCUAUCAAAAAUAAGACCAAGUGAAAUAUUUCGUCGUGAUAUUUUAUGUGAAUCUCAAGCAGGAAAUUCAUGUUUUAUAAUUACUGUAACAGAUGAAGCUGUACCAAUAAAUAAAAAGAAGUUUGUUUUUAUAAGUGCACGAAUACAUCCAGGUGAAACAAAUUCAAGUUUUAUGAUGCGUGGUUUACUUGAAUAUAUAACAUCAAAUGAUAAAAUUGCUCAAAAAUUACGAACGCAAUUAGUAUUUAAAAUUAUACCAAUGCUUAAUCCAGAUGGUGUUAUUAUUGGAAAUUAUCGAUGUUCGUUAACAGGAAAAGAUAAAAAUCGUAAUUUUCGUCAUCCACGUAAACAAACAUUUCCAAUUAUUUAUCAUAUGAAAGAACUUGUACAAAAAUUACAAAAAGAACAAAGAGAAAUUCUAGCAUUUUGUGAUCUUCAUGGUCAUAGUCGAAAAUUAAAUGUAUUUGCUUAUGGUUGUGAUGGAUGUGAUGGAGCAGAACCGGAUAUGAAAAAUUUUUUAGAUGCUCGAGUUUUACCAUUUAUUAUGUCGAAAACUGCACCAGAUAUGUUUUCAUUCGAUUUUUGUAAAUUUCAUAUACAUCGAUGUAAAGAAUCAACUGGUCGUGUUGUUAUGUGGAAAGAAAUGUUAAUAAAAAAUAGUUUCACAUUAGAAGCAUCGUUUGCUGGAUCAAAUAUUGUAGAAAAUGCACGUCAUUUUAAUAUACAAGCAUAUGAAAAAUUUGGACAAUCUAUUUGUCAAUCAUUAAGACAUUAUUUAGAUAUUCUAUCUGAUUCCUCACAAUUAGAUUCAAUAUUUAUGGAUAUAACAAAAAGCAUUGUUAGUAAAUUGAGUAAAGAUAAGCUUCCAUUGGAAUUAUCAUCGGAUUCUAAUUCAGAAAAACAAGCAGAUGAAUCACAAAUAUCGAUUAAUUCUGUUUCAAAUUGUUUAGACAUUUUAGCAAAAUGUCAUAAAACUAUCAGUGAACAAAAUGCUUCAAGUUCUAGUGAUUCAGAUAGUGAUCCUGAAGGUGGAGAAUUACCAGAUAUAAUAGCACAUAAAGAUGAACAAAUACCAAAGAAAAAACUUAAAAAACGUCGAUCAGAUAAAGCUAUUGAAGAACGUGUUGAAAAAUUAAAUCGUAAACGUCAGAUGGAUAAAGCAAAUCGAACAUUACCAGAAAGAGGAACAUUAUUUACAAGUAAAUAUGCAAAUCGAAAUGGAAAUGGAUUACCGAUUUUUACAACUGAACGAGCGUAUGAACGCAAACAUCAGACUGAUGAACAUGAUACUGAUUUUGAACAAGAAUUAUUUUUUACAAAAGCUCAUACCUCAAGAAUCGAUGAUGAUCUUUUACGUGAUAAAGAUAGAAAAGUCAAGCGAACAACUUCUCUUGUUUCAUUACCUGAAAAAGAAGCUCCUAAACUAUCAACUGAUCAAACAAUAAGAAGUGCAUUAUUACCACCAUCACGAUUAUUACGAAAGAAAUCACCUCAAAAACAAUCAGAACAAGUUCAUCAUCGUUCUCGACAAUCGAAUGAAACUGAAACUCAACAAAUAAAUAGUAUCUUAUCACCAAUUAAUGAUGACGAUAUGACAUCAUUUGAUACAUCAGUUGAAUUAAAUUCCAAUCGUUCAAUAUCCAAACAUGAAUCAUCAAGUUCAUCAACAAAAAUGCCAUCACUUAAUAAUAAUACUACUCGGAAAACAUUUGCACAAAGAAUAAAUAAAUCUCUUUUACAACAACCACUCAAUUCAAAAGGAUCUAAAUUCAAACAGCGAUCUCUAGAUAUACUUCAAGAAAAUAAGAUUUAUUUCGAUCCAACUGAACCUAUUAAUCAACGUCUUAAAAAACAAUUUAAUUUAUCAAUAGAUAAAAAAUAA